ACCUCCAGCUGACCCUGCCGUGCGAGCCAGCCUCCCGGUCUGACGGAGCGCUGAGUCGAUCAGAGACUCACCAGAGCGACGGGAGUUUGCAGCAGCCAAGCGACAUGGGCCCCUGGCAGGAGCUGGUCGUGCUGGGAUUCUGCUGCUAGGAAAGUUUGCCCAGCCAAGUUCGGAAAGUUUGAUUUCUUUCUUCCUUCACGCUCAAGGCUUUACCAAGGCGGCAACGGCACCGCUCCCAUCUCCCCUCUUCCCAUCCCCGCGGGGGAAGCCAAAGGAGAUUACUCAUCAAUCUGUCUCCAGCCAGGACUCGGAGAUGUGAGGCUGCCGAGGUGCUGGUGGUGGGGGGGAACCACGGGCUCUUUUCUGCUGCACGGCUGCUCCCUGGCUCCUCAGUUCUGGUUCCGGGCGCUGGCCCAGCUGAGCUGGCCCCGGGGGGCGUGAGUCGCAUGCCCCCGGUGCUGCGCUGCCCGUCGCGGGACGCUGGCUGGCCAUGGGCAUCCAGGGGAUGGAACUCUGUGCCAUGGCCGUGGUCAUUAUGCUUUUCAUCGCAGUCCUCAAACAGUUCGGGAUCCUGGAGCCCAUGUCCAUGGAAGACACCAGCGACAGCGACCUCGAACUUUCGUCCGUCCGGCACCAGCCAGAAGGGCUAGAGCAGCUGCAGGAGCUGACCAAAUUCACCAAGAAGGAGCUGCAGUCUCUGUACAGGGGCUUCAAGAACGAAUGCCCCAGCGGCCUGGUAGACGAAGACACCUUCAAGCUGAUCUAUGCUCAGUUCUUCCCUCAGGGAGACGCCAGCAUGUACGCCCACUUCCUCUUCAACGCCUUUGAUGUGGACCGGAACGGAGCCAUCUGCUUUGAGGAUUUCGUCGUUGGCCUCUCCAUCUUGCUCCGUGGGACCGUGCACGAAAAGUUGAACUGGGCUUUUAACCUCUAUGAUAUUAACAAGGAUGGCUACAUCACCAAGGAGGUACCUGCAGCUGGACUGAGGGGAAUGUGGCUGCGGGAGAUGCUGGCGAUCAUGAAGUCCAUUUAUGACAUGAUGGGCCGCUACACGUACCCGAUCGUCAGGGACGAUGCCCCCAUAGAGCAUGUGGAGAAGUUCUUCCAGCUUUCACCCACCGAACAGCUGAUCAGUGGAGAGCCCUGGGCCGGAACCAGUGUGGCUGAAAAUGGACAGAAAUCGGGACGGCGUGGUGACAAUCGAGGAGUUUUUAGAGACCUGUCAAAAGGACGAGAACAUCAUGAGCUCCAUGCAGCUGUUCGAGAAUGUGAUCUAGAAUGCGAUCUCGACUCUCCCAGCGCGGCUGCCUCCCGGCCUGCACGCAGACGGACGCCUCUGUCUGUCUCUCUUGUUAAGCACACACACAUCUUUAUGAGAAGAAAAACAAACUCUUUUUAUAUUUAAAAAAAAAACAAAAAAGAGGACGUACUCAUGUUUGCUCCUAAUACUGACCGGAUUCUCACUUGAAGGGCAAGAGGAGACAGAGAGAGAUUGGGUUUCAUGGGUUUGUCUGACCUAGCAGAGGGAUUGGCUAGCUCUCCCCUAGGAUAUAGCAAGGGAAUGCUACACAGCGUUAAAUACCACCUGUGGGAAAGAGACCACCCUCAUGGAUUAAGCUCAGCACUUCUCGCAUGGUAACGGGAUGGAAAGGACGUUUGCAUGUGGGAGGUGGAGUUCUUCUCACUAGCAUCAAGUGAAAACCUGGCAAUGGGGCAGUUACUGGGUUCCAUCAGGAAAAGGAGGGAGAGGCAGUUACUGAAGAAAAAAUGGGUCUCAGCUGGCACAAUUUGGCAUAACUCCAUGGACUUCAUACCCCCAUUGCGAAAUCUGACUUCAACUGAACUCCAUCAAUUUUCACCAGCUGAGGACCUGCUCCCACUUUUCCAUGUGCAGGAAGCUCCUGGACCAAGAUCCUGGAGCCUGAAUGUGUCUCAGCUGAGAGAGGAUGGUUUGUGGACAUCUGAAUAGAAGACAUUACUGGCUGUUGAGAAUCAUCUCCAGAACGUCAGUUCUAAAAGCACAAGAGCAUCCAUUCAAAGGCAGGUUCCACAUUGUGUGCGAAUGUUAGAGAGCGUACAGGGCCUUCUAGCGUCCCCAGAGAAGGGAAGCAAAGGAAGAAGCUAGCGCACCUUCUCCCCAAUUGCAUUGAGAAUGAAUGUCCCUCCACCUGCAAUGGUAGGGGAGAAUGAGGUAUCUUCACUCAGGAGACUGGAACUGGGGCGAUCUGCAACAAAGAAACAGGAUUUGAAUUUCCUGAAGCAGAAGUACAAGCACAAAUACCCUGGCCCUUCCAAACUGGAGGAGGAGACGGGCCCUUGCUGCUACGUUCUGGAGCUGAAAUUUUCCAUUGUUUUCCACCAGUCCAUCAUUUCCAUCAGAUCUGGCUCAAAUAUCUGUUGACUGCAAUUGAGGGUUACACUGGAAAACUGUUAUUCUGUGGGAUAGGCAGUGUUGUUUAACUGCGUUGGUUCCAGGGUGUGUGAGAGACAAAGUGGGUGAGGUACAACCUAUUAUAAGUCCAACUUCUGUUGGUGGCGAGGGCAAGCUUUUGAGGUACAUGGAGAUGGAGGAAGAGCUCUGUGUAGCUCAAACUUGUCCUCUCAACCAACAGACGUUGGUCCAGUAAAGGAUAUUACCUCACCCAUCUUGUCUCUUCUGUGACACUGAAAGCUGACGGGCGGUGACUUACGAAUAUGCCCAAAGCUCCAGGCUGCAGUUGAAAGUCAUAAGUCAAAUAGGGCGUGAAAUAUCACCUAUCCCUGGGGGACAUUUACAAGGUUUGGUUUGAGGGACUGGGUUUUUUUUGUUUGUUUUUUUUUAACAAGUGACUAUUUUUAGGCAUUACACAUGCUGUUUCCAGGACUGAGAUGAGAUCUGACACUGGGCGAACAAGUCUUGAAAGAGGCCAGAGAGUUGGAAAAGCCAGCUGGAAAUCAGCGCAUGUAGGGCUAGUCAAGUCACCGGUCUUUGGGUUUGGUAGGGAAAAGAGGAGGUGGGUUGGUAGCUCUGCAACCAAGAGGGUAUCAUCCUCAAGAUCCAAGUCAGGGAUAAGUCAGUACAGUCUCUAAUGAGGAACUUUCUAAGUAGCUGGAUGCUCCAUCUCACUGGGAUUUCCUGUUGGCCGUGUCAGAGUCACAGAGCCGUGGGGCUAUCUGUUUCCAAUGCACUAGAAAUCCCCUAGAUGAGGUGCCCUAGAGAGACUCCCCUUUCAGUUCCUUUAGUAACCUUGGAUGGGUCUGGUUAUUGAAUGACCCUGCCUCGCUGGGGAUGGAACAGUCUCUGGUUAGAAGAGCACCAGGCCUGAGAAAUAGUCCCUGGGUCUGCAGUGGGGAAGAGUCCACCAAACACGUUGGGGAAGAGAAGGUGUCCUGGUGGAAGUUGUCACUGAUGCUUAAGCUAGUGCAGGCUCUGCCUCUUUCUCCCAGGCCUUCCCCUUGGAUACAACCAGACCCACCUUUCUCCCUCACUACCCCCAAGUGCUCCAGCCCCACUUCCCAGAUCUGAACUAGCAGAAGGAUCCAGACUUCUAACCACCCAGACUCAGUCCUCAUCUUCCUCUCAACCUCUCUCAGUGCCCAAAAACCAUCUAUCUCUUUCUGCCCAAGGCCCAGAUCAGUCUGUUUCUGUCUCCCACUGCCAAAAAGGCUCUGAAUUCCGUCCAUCUCUCCCUCUUCUCUACCCUAAGCCCUCUCCCGGAGGCUGAGAGUUUGCACUCGAUACUUCCUGACAUAUGUACAGUAUAAGGAAUGGCCGCAUGUCUCACUAGCAGUAGCCUUUGCUCCAGUGUCCCCAAUCUCACAGCACAACCUGGGGAGACAGUCGUUGGUUCCUGUUCUCUGUAACUACUUGAUAUUCAG